AUGACGGGAGCCUACGAGGGGAUACAGAUUGCAAACUGCGCUAUUAACGUGCUGUUAUCGUAUACAGCCAUCACACUCAACACAAUAACAAUACUGGCCUUGAGAAAAACUUCAUUAUCAAGUCCUUUGAAGACACUGCUCCUAAGUCUAGCUGUCUCAGAUCUCGGCGUUGGUUUGUUGGUCCAACCUCUGUACGUAGCCUCUUUUGUCAUGGAGAGCGAAGGAAACUCUUCUGCAAGUUAUAAUUUCGUAAUAAAAUCGUACGACAUGAUUGUGGUAUUUCUCUGUGUCGCUUCUUUCCUUGGUGUUACGGCUCUGAGCGUUGACAGGUUCUUGGCCAUUCAUCUACAUCUUAGAUACCAGGCAAUCGUAACACACAAGCGAGUCGUCGCUUCCGUGGUCUCCAUUUGGGUCUUAAGUGCAGUUAUUUCACAAACUGCUCUUCGCAUCCGUCAAGUUACCUUUCUCAUGUUCGGUACAAUUUCAGUCAUUUGCCUGAUUUCCUCGGCAUUUUUUUACUACAAAAUAUACGUUACUGUGCAACGCCAUGCAAAUCAAAUUCAAGUUCUGCAACUACAACCACGGCAAGGAGACAACGAAAUGGUUGAAUAUAACGCCAGACUUAAAAAGGCUGCCAUUGGAACAUUCUACGUUUACCUUGUGUUUUUAAUAUGUAAUUUACCAAACACAUUGUUUUUUUUGAUACCAAGUAAUCUAGUUCACCAAAGUGCUGACUUAGGGACAAUUCUGUCACUUGCAGAUACUCUAGUUUUUCUCAAUUCAUCUCUCAACCCACUGAUAUAUUGUUGGAAGAUGAGACACAUUAGACAGGCCAUCAUGGAGAUGCUGCGAAAGAUUUAUUUGGGACCCCAACACUCAUAUAAUUAA